AGAAGUCCCUAGUUCAGUGUUGGAGACAGGGCUCUUUUGGUGUUGAGGUUGUGGGGAGUGAAUCUCCUGCCUGUAAGGAAACAAGCCCCUCCCUCAACUCCCUCGGGUGUACUUGUCUGCCUGGCUUUGGAGAGCCCCAGUUUUCCCAAUCUUCCCUUUGAAUAUUGGCCAGGAGAGGAUGGGAUCCUUUGACUAAGGGGCGCGCAUUCCUCCCUUUUCCACUUUCCCCCGCCUUACCUUCACCCCCAGCCCCUAGGUCGCGUUUCUAGCCUUAAAAUUAGAGUUCUAACAUUUCUUCUCGGGGCUAACUAAACGUAAUUGUUAGCAUCCUGAAGGAAGUACUAUUUAUAAGGCUCCUGUUUGUAUUCCCACAAUUGAACAAUGCCAGUCUUGUGGUUUCCACAACUUCAGGGAACUUUGCCGGUGUAGAAAAGUUAAAUGACCUACUAACAGUGCAAUCUGUCUUAGAGGCCAGGUUUCUGACUGGCAGUAAAUUAAACAAUCUCAUAAGACUGCAGAGAGAUCUGCUUUCUUUGGUAGGAGACUGGGCUACAAAGAAGAAGUUUCCUUUACAGUUUGCACUCAACGAUUUUUAUGGCACCAUCCCAGCAAAGGGGAUAUCUUGACCUACAGAAUGCUUCGAUAUCCACAUUUUUGCAGAAUGUAUACUAGACUGUUUUCACACUUUGUGGAUUCUGGUGCAUUGAAUUUGAGUGUCGGACCCCACACAAUCCACACUACAACAGCAGUGCAUGCUGAGUAUAAAGCUUCGGCAGGGAUAGCUCUGUGUGGCACUCAGAAGGUACACAGAUCUGAAGAGAAAAGUUCUGAAGCCAUGGCUAAACUACAUAUCCCAGUAAUGGUGGAUGAAGUUGUUCAUUGCUUGACACCACAAAAGGGACAGGUUUUUCUAGAUAUGACAUUUGGUUCAGGAGGACACACAAAAGCCAUUCUUCAGAAGGAACCAGAUGUUACUGUCUAUGCCUUAGACCGAGACCCAGUGGCUUAUACGAUAGCUGAGCAUCUUUCAGAACUGUAUCCGACACGGAUCCAAGCUAUGUUGGGCCAGUUUAGCCAGGCAGAGGCAUUGCUAAUGGAAGCUGGAGUGCAGCCAGGGACUAUGGAUGGAAUCCUUUUGGAUCUGGGGUGUUCCUCCAUGCAACUUGAUGCUCCUGAACGAGGUUUCUCCCUUUGGAAAGAUGGCCCCUUAGACAUGAGGAUGGAUGGAGACAGGUACCCUGACAUGCCUACUGCUGCUGAUGUUGUGAAUGCUUUAGAUCAACAAGCACUUGCAUCCAUCCUAAGAGCAUAUGGAGAGGAGAAACAUGCCAAAAAAAUUGCUUCUGCGAUCAUUCAAGCACGCAGCAUAUACCCUAUCUCUAGAACCCAGCAGCUUGCCAGCAUUGUUGCAGGUGCCUUUCCUCCCUCUGUUGUCUAUGCAAGAAAAGACUUGCUACAAAGAUCCACCCACAUUGCUACCAAGACUUUCCAAGCCCUACGAAUCUUUGUGAACAAUGAGCUUAAUGAACUUUAUACAGGACUGAGGACCGCGCAGAAGUUUCUGAAAACUGGGGGUCGCCUGGUUGCCCUCUCCUUCCAUUCCUUAGAAGAUCGUAUUGUCAAACGCUUUUUGCUUGGGAUAAGCAUGACAGAAAGAUUUAACCUGAGCAUCAGACAGAAGGUAAAGCAAACUUCACAGCUGGAUUUGGAUCAUGAGACUGAGGAGAGCAGCUCUGUAAGAGCUCCUCUGAAGUGGGAGCUGAUACACAAGAAGGUACUUACUCCAGAAGACCAAGAUGUCCAAGAGAACCCCAGAGGGCGCUCAGCCAAGCUCAGAGCAGCCAUCAAAUUAUGAAGAGCUUAUUAUUUGAUCUACAUGUUUUUACUCAAUAUUUCUAUUUUCUUUUCUAACUUUAAACUGUGUUUCUGAAUAUAAUAUAAAGUAUGGGGCAGUCUGGACAUUAAUAGUAUUUAGCUUUUAUUUUUUUUUCCUCUGAAGAAAAUGUAGGAUGUUUUAAUAUGACAUAAAAAUUUUAAUUCAGGGAGCAGAGUCUUAAGAAUGGAAAACAGGGCAGUGGUGGUGCAUGCCUUUAAUCCCAGCACUUGGGAGGCAGAGGCAGGUGGAUUUCGGAGUUCAAGGCCAGCCUGAUCUACAGAGUGAGUUCCAGGACAGUCAGGGCUAUACAGAGAAACCCUGUCUCGCAAAAAAAAAAAAAAGAAAAAAGAAAAAAAAAGAAUGGAAAACAAUGUUGAUCUCUAUAUGUUAAUUAUAAAAUGCAAUCCUUACUUUCAUGAAGAAAUGAAAGAACUAUGACUUUAUAUUAAUCUGAAUUUGUAAACUCAACCUGCCAAAGAAAAUGAUAAUGAUAUCUAUAUGCCCUAAAUUCCAAAUUGAGAUAUUCACAUUUGCAGUGGACUUUCUAUGGCUUAUAUAAUUCAUCAUGAUCAUGGAAUAAAUUAUAAUUUCUCCUACCACAGCUUUCUCAAAUGUAAGCUUUUUACAAAUUUUUUAAUUUUCAACAUUAUUUAAAAUAUGCCAUACUGAUAGUCUUCACUAGUGAUUUUAUUGUUCAUUUGAAGGCAUUUUUCAAUAUGAUCCAUAUCUCAUAAAUUGCAAAGCAUGCAUAUAGAACUGCCCUUACAACCCUCAUAGAAAAUCUGAGGUCCAGAACUUCUAUUUGCUGUCAGUCGUAUAUAUUGCGGGAUUGGUCCAAUAUCUUUAGUAACAAUGUAAUCACUUGUUUCAUCUUGCAUUUUUUGUUUCCUUAAUUAAUUUUUAAAUAUUAUACAAAGUGGUAAGUUUCACUGUGGCAUUUUCAUAAAAAUAAAGCAUGAUACUAGUUUCAUCCUUCCCACUGUUCCUCUCUCUUUCCUAAUUCCUUUCUCCUUCAUUGGUCUGUCCUUUCUCUAAAAUAGCCUUAUAUUCUGCUUCAUGUCACAAGUAUUUAUCACCCUCCAGAUCUCUUCCUUCCCUUUAACCUUCUUUCUAGUUGUGUGUACAUAUAAUAUCCAUGUAUAUAUUUAUACAUAUAUACAUACAUGUAAGUUUAAAUCUAGUUUCUUUUUUUGCAUAUGAGAAGAAAUAUGUAGUAUUUGUCCUUCCGGAUCUGAUUUUUUGCUUAACAUAUCCACUUCAUCAUUUUAUUGAAGAAUCAAGAAUAAAAUAAUCUUAUUAUUUCUUUAUGACCGAAUAAAAUUUCACUCUUUAUAUGUG